AUAGAUUAGGUUCGCUACCAAUUAGCAUCAUGUUAAUCUUGGCUGGCAGGGAAGCAAAGCCACCAAGGAUUUGGUAGAUUUAUCAGUCCCUCCCCCAAUAGCUGUCUGAGGCUAACACCACUUGGAACCUGGGUCAGAAAAUAGUCCUCUGCUGACGAUGUGUCAUACAUUCUGGUCCAUGUGCUCCUCAAAGGCACCAUUUUCUGGGCAUGAAGUGUUCUGCUGCUUUUUGGAGGAGUAAGAAUGCAAUCUCGGAUAAGCCGGAUUCAGAAAAUAGGUCAUCGGUGAAACAUCUGUAUGGAUUGUUUCAUUACAACCCCACGAUGCUUGGACUUGAAUCGCUUCCAGAUCCCACUGAUACCUGGGAAAUUAUAGAGACCAUAGGUAAAGGCACCUAUGGCAAGGUCUACAAGGUAACUAACAAGAGAGAUGGGAGCCUGGCUGCAGUAAAAAUUUUGGAUCCAAUCAGUGAUAUGGAUGAAGAGAUUGAGGCAGAAUACAACAUUUUGCAGUUUCUUCCUAAUCAUCCCAACGUUGUAAAGUUUUAUGGGAUGUUUUACAAACCGGAUCACUGUGUGGGAGGACAGCUGUGGCUGGUCCUGGAGUUGUGUAAUGGGGGCUCAGUCACCGAGCUUGUCAAAGGUCUACUCAGGUGCGGCCAGCGGUUGGAUGAAGCAAUGAUCUCAUACAUCUUAUAUGGGGCCCUCUUGGGCCUUCAGCAUUUGCACAAUAACCGAAUCAUCCACCGUGAUGUCAAGGGGAAUAACAUUCUUCUGACAACAGAAGGAGGAGUUAAGCUCGUUGACUUUGGUGUCUCAGCUCAGCUCACCAGUACACGUCUACGGAGAAACACAUCUGUUGGCACCCCGUUCUGGAUGGCCCCUGAGGUCAUUGCUUGUGAGCAGCAGUAUGACUCUUCCUAUGACGCUCGCUGUGACGUCUGGUCCUUGGGGAUCACAGCUAUUGAACUGGGGGAUGGAGACCCUCCCCUCUUUGACAUGCAUCCUGUGAAAACGCUUUUUAAGAUUCCAAGAAAUCCUCCACCUACUUUACUUCAUCCGGAAAAAUGGUGUGAGGAAUUCAACCACUUUAUUUCACAGUGUCUUAUUAAGGAUUUUGAAAAGCGUCCUUCUGUCACACAUCUCCUCGACCACCCAUUUAUUAAAGAAGCCCACGGGAAGGUUUUAUUUCUGCAAAAACAGCUGGCCAAGGUCCUCCAAGACCAGAAGCAUCUAAACCUUGUUGUUAAAACCAGACAUGAAAGAAUGCACACCAGAAGACCCUAUCAUGUGGAAGAUGCUGAAAAAUACUGCCUUGAGGAUGAUUUGGUCAAUUUAGAGGUUCUGGAUGAGGAUACAAUUAUUCAUCAGUUGCAAAAGCGUUAUGUGGACUUGCUGAUUUAUACAUAUGUUGGAGACAUCUUAAUUGCCUUAAACCCCUUCCAGAAUCUAAGCAUAUACUCCCCGCAGUUUUCCAGACUUUAUCAUGGGGUGAAACGUGCCUCCAAUCCGCCCCACAUAUUUGCAUCAGCAGAUGCUGCUUACCAGUGUAUGGUUACUUUCAGCAGAGACCAGUGCAUUGUCAUCAGUGGAGAAAGUGGCUCUGGGAAGACGGAAAGCACCCACCUGAUUGUUCAGCAUUUGACUUUCUUGGGGAAGGCCAAUAAUGAGACCCUGAGAGAGAAAAUCUUGCAAGUCAACUCCCUGGUGGAAGCCUUUGGAAAUGCACGCACUGCCAUCAAUGACAAUUCCAGCCGUUUUGGAAAAUACCUGGAAAUGAUGUUUACACCAACGGGAGCUGUGAUGGGGGCAAGAAUCUCUGAGUAUCUCCUUGAAAAAUCCAGAGUUAUAAAACAGGCAGUGGGAGAGAAAAAUUUUCACAUAUUUUACUAUAUUUAUGCUGGUCUUUAUCACCAGAAGAAACUUUCUGAGUUCAGACUUCCUGAGGAAAAGCCUCCUAGGUACAUAGCUGAUGAAACUGGAAGGGUGAUACACGACAUCACUUCCAAGGAAUCUUACAGAAGACAAUUUGAAGCAAUUCAGCAUUGCUUCAGGAUUAUAGGAUUCACUGACAAGGAGGUGCACUCAGUGUACAGAAUUUUGGCUGGAAUUUUGAAUAUUGGAAACAUUGAGUUUGCAGCUAUUUCCUCUCAACAUCAAACUGAUAAAAGUGAGGUGCCCAAUGCUGAAGCUUUGGAAAAUGCUGCCUCCCUUCUCUGCAUCAGCCCCGAAGAACUCCAAGAGGCCCUUAUCUCACACUGUGUGGUCACCCGGGGUGAGACCAUCAUCCGUGCCAACACUGUCGACAGAGCCGCGGAUGUCCGAGAUGCCAUGUCCAAAGCCUUGUAUGCGAGGCUCUUCAGUUGGAUUGUAAAUCGCAUCAAUACACUCCUGCAGCCAGACAAACGUAUAUGUAGUGCAGAUGAUGGUAUGAAUGUGGGGAUCUUGGAUAUUUUUGGAUUCGAGAACUUUGGGAGAAAUUCAUUUGAGCAGCUCUGCAUAAACAUUGCCAAUGAGCAAAUCCACUACUAUUUCAACCAGCACGUUUUUGCUCUUGAGCAGGUGGAAUAUCAGAAUGAAGGCAUUGAUGCUACACCUGUGAUGUAUGAGGACAACCGCCCACUCUUGGACAUGUUCCUCCAGAAGCCCCUGGGACUGCUUGCACUUUUGGAUGAGGAAAGUCGAUUUCCCCAAGCAACUGAUCAGACCCUGGUUGAUAAAUUUGAAGACAAUCUGCGAUGCAAAUACUUCUGGAGGCCCAAAGGAGUGGAGCUGUGCUUUGGCAUCCUGCACUAUGCUGGAAAGGUAUUAUAUGAUGCUUCUGGGGUUCUUGAGAAAAACAGAGAUACUCUACCUGCUGAUGUGGUUGUAGUCCUGAGAACGUCAGAAAACAAGCUUCUUCAGCAGCUCUUCUCAAUUCCUUUGACCAAAACAGGUAACUUGGCCCAGACAAGAGCCAGGAUAACAGCAGCCUCAAGAUCUUUGCCUCCUCAUUUCAGUGCUGGAAGAGCCAAGGUGGACACUCUGGAGGUGAUACGGCAUCCAGAAGAAACCACCAACAUGAAGAAGCAGACCAUGGCUUCUUAUUUCCGGUAUUCUCUGAUGGAUCUGCUCUCUAAAAUGGUGGUCGGACAGCCCCACUUUGUGCGCUGCAUUAAGCCCAAUGAUGACCGAGAGGCCCUGAAGUUCUCCCGAGAGAGUGUGCUGGCCCAGCUCCGCUCCACAGGGAUCCUGGAGACAGUCAGCAUCCGCAGGCAGGGGUAUUCCCACCGCAUCCUCUUUGAAGAGUUUGUGAAAAGAUAUUAUUACUUGGCAUUCAAAGCACAUGAAACACCUGUUGCUAGCAAAGAGAGCUGUGUUGCUAUCUUGGAAAAGUCCAGAUUAGAUCACUGGGUGCUGGGAAAAACAAAGGUUUUUCUCAAAUAUUACCAUGUUGAGCAGUUGAAUUUGCUGCUACGAGAAGUCAUAGGCAGAGUGGUGGUGCUGCAGGCAUAUGCCAAGGGGUGGCUUGGAGCCAGGAGAUACAGAAGAGCCAGAGAGAAGAGAGAGAAGGGGGCCAUUGCCAUCCAGUCAGCCUGGAGAGGAUAUGAUGCUCGGAGGAAAUUUAAGAAAAUAAGCAACAGAAGGAGUGAGUCUGCGGUUCCUAUUCAAGCAGAGCACCCUUCAGGCCAAAGCACUGAUCUGCAGCCUGCUGUUGCAGGGGACACCAAGGAAAGUGCCCACGUUCAAGACUGUAGUGAGCUUGGUGAUCACACAGUUCUAAGGGGCUCUAUAGAUCGUAAAGUCAUCCCACAGACAGAAUUCAACAAUGGCCAUGAAGAUACUUCAAGCAACCCUCCUGCUAUCACUGAGAAAAAUUGGCAUCCACAAGCCCAGUGUUCUCCAGAAGGGUAUGAUGUCUUCGCAGGACAUCCAAAUAAGCACUCCGUUUCUGGGACUGAUUUGCUGUCUUCUCGGACAUGCCAUGCUGCCCCAGGUCGCCCAGCACUGAGUCCUUCCAGGGGAGCCCCUGCAAAGCCUGUUUCAGAAAAUGGUCUUGUACAGAAGCAGCGAACACCUCGCCGAAGAUGUCAGCAGCCCAAAAUGUUGAGUAGCCCUGAGGACACCAUGUACUAUAACCAGUUAAAUGGAACUCUAGAAUAUCAAGGGAGCAAAAGGAAGCCAAGAAAACUUGGCCAAAUCAAAGUGCUUGAUGGGGAAGAUGAGUAUUAUAAAUCUUUGUCACCUGUGGACUCCAUUCCUGAGGAAGACAACCCAGCCUGCCCUUUCUUUUAUUCCUCAUCCUCAAAAGGAGCAUCUUCUGCUCAGCACUGAGCUGUACUUCCUGCCCCCCCCGCUAAGUCUGCGGAGGGUAAGAACAAUCAUGGUAGUUGACUGAUUGUCAUUUCAUAAGAAAGCACUGCAACGGGUCAGCUUCUUUGGACACAUGGUGCAUGUCUGAGCCUUGCUGAACAAUUUUCAUAUUCCCAACCAUUUUCUCAUACCUCCAUUGCCCUCCCCACAUCUGCAGUGCAGCCUGAGUGGGGCAA